AUGUCUCGUUCAAUCAGCGUCUUGGCCGUUUCCUUUGCUCUCUUAAUCGGAAACAUCCAUGGACAAGUGGUGAUGACUUUCAUGUACGGCCAAACAAAUGGACUGACGGGAAAAGGCUUUGGUACCAUGGAUGGUGCACCACGCGACAUAUCUACGCCUCCGGCUUUGCUUGACGCUGCAAUCAUCAAAGCUACCGAGAUCCAGAACGGAGCUGCUUCUCCCUGUGGACGUACGAUCUUGUCAGGGAAAUUGGACAUGAAGAAGGCCCUCGAUAAAGCUGAAGACGGAGGGCUACCGGAUGUAGGCCAAAAUGGCCAUAUCAAAUUGAUAGCACACGUGAUCAAUCCUAAGGGAAGUGGACCCUUCAUUUGCGGAAUCGAUACUAGUGCCAAUGGGAUCAAUUUUGCCACAAUUCCAGUCACCGUCAAUGUGCCCGCUAAUAUAACUGCCACCGCCAAACCGACGGACUACUCGCUGGAAGCACAACUUCCCCAAGGUACAAGAUGUCAAGGUGGUGCUGACGGCCAGACUUGCAUUGUCAGGUGUACAAACGGCAAUGCUGGCGGGCCUUUCGGUGGCUGCAUGGCCUUCACCCAAAUGCAAGGGCUUUACAAUGACCCUGCCCCAGCCGGUAGUGGGCCUACUGCUGGCUUUCAGCUCGACAGGAUCACCGAGAACCCAAUCACUCGUGACGCAAAUCUUUUCGAUGAUGCCGUGUCAAAAAUGUCACCCAAAGACCUUCAAGCUCUUACACCUCCACCCGCCAAAGGCAAAAGACGCUCUCUUCUUCAGCUCCGCAGAUAA